CUAUUGGUCGGUGCACCUCGAGCAAAAGCCUUUAGCACUCAGAAAGCCAAUGUAUCGGGUGGAUUGUUCUUCUGUGAUAUCACAUCCACAGCUCCUUGUGAAAGAGUAAUGUUUGAUGAAUCAGUUGACUUGCAAGUGGAGAGUAAAGAAAAUCAAUGGAUGGGCGUCAGUGUACAGAGUCAAGGACCAGGAGGCAAAGUUGUGACAUGUGCCCAUCGAUAUGAGAGGAGAAGAUUUGUGAAUUCUGCCCAGGAAUCUCGAGAUAUCACAGGACGAUGCUACAUGCUGAGCCAAGACCUCACUAUUUCAGAUGACAUGGAUGGAGGAGAAUGGAACUUUUGUGAUGGCCGUCUCAGGGGUCACGAGAAAUUUGGAUCCUGCCAGCAGGGUGUUGCUGCAACAUUUACAAAGGAUUAUCAUUAUGUUGUGUUUGGGGCCCCAGGAACAUACAACUGGAAAGGAAUUGUUCGGGCAGAACACAGAAAUAGCACAUUGUUGGACGUUGGGAUUUUAGAAGAUGGUCCCUAUGAAACUGGUGGUGAAACAAAACGCAGUGCUGAUUUAGUACCUGUUCCUGCAAACAGUUAUUUAGGGUUUUCAUUGGACAGUGGUAAAGGAAUAACCUCCAAGAAUGAAAUGACCUUUGUUUCUGGUGCUCCACGAGCCAAUCACAGUGGAGCAGUUGUGCUGCUAAAGAAAUAUCCUCCCAAUGAAAGGAUGCUAUCUCCAGAGUUCAUAUUUCAAGGGGAAGGCUUAGCCUCAUCCUUUGGUUAUGAUGUGGCAGUGAUAGACCUUAACAGUGACAGGUAAGAUGUAUUUUGUGG